AUGGAUGCUGAUCUAGGGAAAAGAUUGCUAGACAAGCAGGCCUUCUACGCCGAGCUGGAUGUCACACUAGCUGAUAGCGACGACGAGCCGGAUCCAGGCCGCAAAGCUUCGGAGCGCAUACUGCGAAAGAAGUCUACUAUCGCCACUGCUCCGCCCACUGUGAUAGCUGAGGGUAGCGGGCUGGCUCGCUCGACUUCGGACACGAGUCUAGCAAGACAUUCGCCGCAGAAGACCGUCGCGCAGAACUUGGUGAGGCCGACGACAAGCGCCGCCCCAGCCGCGAGAGAUCAUGCACCGCCGCUUAGAAAAGGUGCUACUUUCUCUGCAUCAGCUAGCGAACCUAUCGUGACAGCAGUAUCGCUCGGCGUAAUCCCAAAAACCUCGAUAGGCAAGCGGAAACGUGACGGUGUCGUGAAGUUGGUGUCAGAAGCACAGCAGAUUUUCAAGGGCUUGCACUUCUACUUCUUCCCAAACAACGACAACAAUCCUGCUCGGGCGAUGCGAAUGAUGAAAGCACUCGAGUAUGGUGCUACCUGGCAAAAGGACUGGAGCGAGCACGUCACUCAUGUCGUUGUUGAUAAGCAAUUGGAUUAUGCUAUGGUUUUGAAGGAGGUGAAAGCGGCCGCUCUGCCCGAGCACGUCAUCGUGGUGUCUGAGAACUAUCCAGCAGACUGUAUUUCCUUUCGGCUCAUGAUGGACCCGAAGCAGAAACGCUUUCAAGUGAAAGGAUACAUUGCACAAGCUCAAGCACCAGCAACAACGCCUGUGGCUCCAGUCCUACCCGAGAAGACGUCCUUGGAGCUCAAGCCAGCUGGGCGUGCCGUGAUGGCUCGGCCGCCGGAGUCACCAAGAACAACUGACGAAGCUUCGCAGCCUCCCGACUUACCAUCCAACGAGUCGAGUAAUGCUGCAAGACCGGUCAGUACCAAGACUGCUGCACCUGAUCAGAUCGUUCCAGACACAACAGCGGAGUUCGACGACGCUAUACGGCAAGCCAAGGGUUUAAAACAUGUGCCAUUCGAGGACGAAGGUGAAGAUAGCCGACCUUCAACCUCCGAAGGCCCAGCUACCGACGACGAAGACCAAGCCUCAAAUCCCAACAGGAAACAAAGAACAAAACAGCUUGCUUUCCAAGAUAAAUUCCAAUGUAUGCAGAAGCAUACUGGGGACAAGAUAGGCAACCCGAACGCGGCGACCAUUACGAUUCUGCAACAAAUGGCCGACUACUAUGGUCAAGUAGGUGAUCAGUGGCGAAUUCGAGCCUACCGCAAAGCGAUAGCAACGCUGCGCAACCAUCACACCAAGGUAUGGACGAAGAAGCAGGCACUAGCCCUUCCACAGAUUGGCGAACGCCUAGCCGCCAAAAUCGAAGAGAUAGCUGUCACUAACCGACUACUCCGACUUGACAAUGCCAAAGUGGAGCCAAGCGAUCAAGUCUUGCAGACCUUCAUGGGCGUCUACGGUGCUGGCUUCGCCAAAGCAAGCGAGUGGGUAGCCCAAGGUCACAGAACACUCGAUGAAGUCCUCGCCAGUGGCAACCUGACCGAGAGUCAACGCAUCGGUAUCGAGCACUACGAGGACUUCAACAGCCGUGUCCCGCGCCAUGAAGUAGAACAGCACGGCGCUUUUGUCCGCCAGGCUCUGCACAAGAUCGACCCGGCUUUCGAAGUAAUCGUAGGCGGAUCUUACCGUCGUGGUUCUCAGACAUCAGGUGAUAUCGAUUGCAUACUCACGCGGCCCAAUACCAACGCCUCCCACCUCCGCACAGUAAUCUCGGGCCAACUUAUCCCCACCCUGCAAGCCCAAGGUUUCCUCGUAGCCUCCCUGGCCACGACCUCCCGGGACGAUGGUAGCAAAUGGCACGGUGCUUCCUGCCUUCCCACCAGCCAAAAUAAAAUCUGGCGUCGUAUCGAUCUCCUCCUGGUGCCAUCAGAUCAGAUUGGAGCGGCGUUGAUAUAUUUUACUGGUAAUGAUAUUUUCAACAGGAGUUUGAGGCUGUUGGCUAGUACGAAAGGUAUGAGGUUGAAUCAGAGGGGAUUGUUUAGGGAUUGUAUGCGUGAGAAAGGGAGGGAGAAGAUCAGUGAGGGGGUGUUGGUUGAAGGCGAGGAUGAGAGGAAGAUCUUUGAUGUACUUGGCGUGCCUUGGAGGCCGCCUGAGCAUAGGAUAUGUUGA